CAAGCUACCAAGCUACCAAGCUACAGCAGUUCUGUUUUUUUGUUUUUCUGUUUUUCUGUUUUUCUGUUGAGAGAUCAACAUAUAAACGCCGCCACCCGCCAUACUUAGCGAGGGGUAAAAUCGUAAACCGAAGUGUUGCACAAUCAAAGAAAGGGAAGAGAAUAUACCAUACCACUCGACAGAAUAUACAAUACAGUCAAAAUGGCCAUCCUCAAUGAACCCAUGACUUACCUCGCCUUCGGCGUCGUGCGCUUCUUCCAGUUCAUCCUCGCGCUCACCGUCUGCGGCCUCUAUGGUGUCGACAUCACAUCCGCGCGAAAGGCGCAUCACGCUACUGAUGGCCGAUGGGCAUACGCCAUCGUCGUCGGCACCUUCUCCGCCAUCACGGCGCUGAUCUACUUGAUCCCUGUUACGAUGAAGAAAAUGUCGAUACUGUUCGUCUGGGAUACGUUGCUGUUGUUCUUCUGGAUUGUUCUGUUCGGCAUCUUCGGCAAGCUGUUCAUCAAGGAAGACGCAGAGGGCAACAAGGAUAUCCAGCGCAUGAAGAACGCCGUCUGGGUUGAUCUGGUCAACAUGCUCCUCUGGCUUGUCUCGUCGAUCGCCGUUGGCAUCUACUGGUUCAAGCACAGGCACAACAGGUCGCAGUUCACCGGAAGGGCAGUGGUCUAAUCGACCGGCCUACUUGACGAAAGGUUGACCGCAGGGCGGUGGUAAUGGGCAUCGACUACCUAUGAGGAAACACUGCGUGAGAUGGAUAAUGGUGACGGUUUUUAAUACUCGCAUGGAUUUGCACUUGUUUUAAUGGUUAGAAGCCUUUUCAGCAGUCCGGUUUUAGCGGGUGGGGUGAGAAGCAAAGGAUACCACUUUAUAUUAUUAUAGUUCACACGACACGAUUAAUUACUACUUUGCCACUUGUUGGUACUUGCGAAAUUGAGAAGAC